AUGGAGAGUACCUAUCAUUUUGUCCGGCCCCGGCCUCCAACACUCAUCCGCACCGAAUAUCAUUUGCAGCCCUGGGUAGCAUUUAUCAUCUUGCUAACUCUGGUCUACUUUUCUCCAUUGGCAAGAUAUCCCGGACCGUUACUUGCUAAGCUCACCAUUUUUCGAAAUGGUUAUCAUGCAUGGAAGGGUGAUAUCCACCUUGACCAGUGGAUGUGCCAUCUGAAAUAUGGGCCUGUCGUGCGAUAUGGUCCAAAUUUUGUUUCAUUUGAUACCAGCACAGGGUUGAAAGAAAUAUAUAGCGUGGGUAGCAAUACGUGGAAACACCGUCACUUUGAAGCUCUAAGUCCUCGAGCUCAAAAUUUGGUCACAUUGCGCGAUAAAAAGGUCCACGCUAAACGGAGGCGAAUAAUUGGACGGUCGUUCAGUGAUGCGAAUAUCAAGAUGUUUGAAGAUAGGAUACUUCAUCAUAUCAACACUUUCUGUGAAAAAGUUGACUCCUUGCCCCAGAAAGAUGAUGCUUGGAAACCUGCGAUAAAGGUGUCUGACUGGUGCAGCUACCUGGUCUUUGAUAUCAUUACUGAGUUCGUAUUUGGUUCUAGCUAUCAUAUGCUCGAGUCAAAUAAGUACCGACACAUUCUACAUGAUAUCGAGGAUGCUAGCACCCGCAAUGCGGUGCUCAUAUACCUCCCAUUCCUUGCCCUUGGAGGGCUCCACAGGAGGAUUUUUCCCGAAGCUGUAAAAGGCACAAGAGGAUUCUGGAAUCUUAUCAAAGCUGCCAUUGGCAAUUAUUCGGAAACUAUGAACAGUAAAUGUGUUCUUUCCAACCUCAUCCAGCCGACGCAUGCACCCUUUGAACCACAUCUUGAGCCACAAGUCAUACAGUCAGAAUCAGGAGGUUUAGUACUCGCAGGCAAGAUUACCUUCAGUGUUACAGUGCAAAUCCCCUUCUUUUCAAAUAAUACUAAUGUUAAUUAUUUAGGCCUUGAUACUACUGUUACUGCGAUAUCCAGUAUUUUCUUUUACUUGGCUAGGAAUCCAUAUGCAUACGAAAAGUUAGCAUCAGAGAUUCGGAACACGUUUUCCUCCGCUGAGGAAAUCCGGUUAGGCGCAACGUUGUAUAAAUGCAAAUACCUUAAUGCAUGCAUCGACGAAUGCUUACGCAUCACACCUCCUAUUGGAACCUCUCCAUGGCGGGAGGUUGGUAAGGGCGGUAUCAGUGUCGAUGGUAACUUUGUCCCAGAAGGCACCAGUGUUGGCACAUGCAUCUACAGCAUUCACCAUAACGAAAAAUACUUUCCCCGACCGCAUGAAUUCAUACCAGAGCGGUGGAUUGCUAAUGAACAAGACAGCUACAAGACGGCGCAGGUCGCUACAGCGAGAGCAGCAUUUAACCCCUUUUCCACCGGUCCGAGAGGCUGCAUUGAUGGAGUUCUUGGAAAAAUGGGUGCAGGCCAUCCACUUGGGGGAAAUGGGAGAACGAAUCCAAUGGAGUUUCAGGUGCUCGAUCGAAUUAUGAGCGUCAUUGAUGGGCCAAUGAUUCAAUUUCGACGAAGAUUUUAUUAG